UCAUAAGGGCUUGUCACGCUGACUCAACUUGAACUUGACUCUUUCUCCAUGUAUUGCAGCAAUAUGUGUGUUUGGAAGGGUUUCUGCCUGCUGGCGUUACUUUCUCUGGUAGUUUGCGGCGAUUCCCUGCGCAUCCUGGGUCUGUUUCCCCAUCCAGCCAUGAGUCACUUCAAGUUCUUUCAUCCAAUUAUGCGUGGAUUAGCCGAGGCUGGUCACAGUGUGGAUGUAAUCAGUCCCUUUGCGGACAAGGAGCCGCCAAAAGGGUACAAGGACUAUCUGCUGCCACCGUCCACUUUGACGGACACUAUUAAUUUAGAGGACUUCGAGCGCCCCUACCACUACCUCUUCCACUAUAUAGAGUUCUUUGUUCUGUAUAAAAUGGGAAAAGAGGACUGCAACACCACCCUGCAUAGCCAAGCCCUUUCUGCGAUCCUGAAGCAUCCGCCUGGUUACUACGAUGUCAUCCUACUGGAGCAAUUCAAUAACGAUUGUGUGAUGAGUGUGGCCCAUGUGCUUCAAGCUCCGGUGAUUGGCAUGAGCAGUUGUGCUUUGAUGCCCUGGCAUUACGAGCGAUUUGGUGCUCCUCUGAUCCCAUCCUAUGUAUCCGCACUUUUCCAGGGUCAAUCGCAGGAGAUGUCCUUUGCGGGACGAUUGGGCAACUGGAUUACUGUUCACUCCCUGAACUUACUGUACAAAAUCUUCACAGUUCCCGCCGCCAAUGCCUUGAUCCGCCAGAGAUUCGGUCCGGGAUUGCCGUCCACGGAAGAUAUGGUCAGGAAUACUUCUCUGAUGCUGGUCAACCAGCACUUCUCGCUGAGUGGACCAAAACCUCUGCCUCCGAAUAUCAUAGAAGUCGGCGGUGUGCACAUUAGUCCACCGAAACCUUUGCCCUCUGAUCUGCAGCAAAUUCUGGAUAAUGCCCCAAAAGGAGUCAUCCUCAUAAGCUGGGGCUCUCAACUAAAAGCGAGUUCCCUUCCCGCUGCCCGACGAGAUGGUAUAGUUCGAGCAAUUGGAAAACUGGAGCAGCAGGUGAUCUGGAAGUAUGAGAACGAUACUCUGCCGAACAAGCCAGAAAAUCUUCAUAUAAGGAAGUGGCUGCCUCAGCGUGACAUCCUUGCUCAUCCCAAUCUGAGGGUAUUUAUGUCCCAUGGCGGCUUGAUGGGCACCACGGAGGCGGUGGCCAGUGGAGUGCCCAUUGUGGGUGUGCCCAUCUACGGCGAUCAGUCGCUCAAUAUUGCCUCGUUGGUUCAGCGAGGAAUGGCCCUGCAGUUGGAUCUACGGAAACUGGAUGAGAAUACCGUAUUUGAAGCGUUAGCCAAGGCACUUCAUCCAUCUUUUAAAACCAGAGCCCAGGAGGUGGCCUCGGCCUACAACAAUCGCAUCCAGAAUCCCUUGGAGACGGCCAUCUGGUGGGUGGAACAUGUGGCGGAGACCAAGGGAGCUCCUUUGACCCAACCAAGUGCCGUGCAUCUCUCCCGCUUCGUCUACCACUCCCUGGAUGUUUACUUUGUGGUUUUCCUAGUCCUGUUGCUGCCUGUGAUUACCUUUCUGGGAUUAAUCCGAUUGUGUAGAAGAGGAAAGCCUAAAGGUGACUCCAAGCUGAAACGCAAACGAAACUAG